ACCAUACAAGAGCGGGCCAUGAGGACUUCUCCCAAAAACAGAAGCUGCGAAGUUUACAGCGUCUCUGGUUUGGGAGCCUGCGCCCCCGCCGGUGCACCUGCACAGGAGGACUUUGUGACGAAACCCACCCAGAUGUCAAGUCCAUCUAGCAGCGAGUCUGACAUCAAGAGCCCGAUGGGCAAGAGAGUGAAUUGCAGGGUAUGGAGUAAGUGGGCAUUGAGAGCCUCCCCCCUCCUCCCUCUCUCGGCUGCCAUUGCAAUGACUCUCCAUUUCCUUGCAUCCUCUCCAUCGCUCUCAGUGUUCUAUCUUGGAGGAAGCAUCGAGUUCUCCAACCUCAGCUUCUCUCCAGACCUGGCAGACCCGUCGUCUACACAGUUCCGCCUCCAGUCUCAGGCGCUAAGCCAUUAUUUCUCAGACUUGUAUGAUUCUUCACCAUGGAGCACAUAUUACCAGCACUCAGGAAUUAUUGCAUUUAGUGAAGGAGUGGAAGGUCUUUGUGUCUACUACUGGAGUAAAUUCUCUGCUCCUCCCGCUAUUGCUGAGGAACUCCGGAGAGUGAACCCAUCCCGGUUGCAACGGCGUCUACCUGGAACCAACAAGGUCCUUUUUAGCAGAAACGAGGAGCGCUACUACAUGGAGAGGGACGAGGACACACUGCGUCUGCUGGGUUUGAAUGCAGAUAACGGUGGUGAUUCUGAGGAUGACGACGAUGAAGAUUCUGAUGACAAAGCGGACAAAAUAAAGAACCCAAACUCUUUACAGAGUGGCAAGUGGCAGUUGGGGCUGCAGGCCAUGUCUUUUGACCUGUACGCUAAGUAUGGAAACAAUCGCACACUCAGUCUUGUCAGUCCGAAGAAGCCGUAUUACCAGUGGAGGCUUCGGGUGCCGUCCGGUCACGUCGUGCGACUUGUCAUUCUCACACUUCAAGGGGCGACACCAGGAAGCUGCUCUGCCAACAAGCUGUCUGCUUAUGAUUUCCUACUGCCGCUUCAGAACAAGAUCAUCGCCAGAUGGUGUGGUCUGCCAAUAUCAGGAACCUCUCCUGUGAUGAAACUGACAUCUUCUGGAAACGUCAUGCUUGUCACAUUUUCUUUCAAUCGUCAGAGGCAAGGAGCCAUCUUCAAAGCUUAUUUCCAAGCUAUACCCAAAACCGAGUGUGGUGGUUUCCUCACUGCGUGGAACGGCACGGUGACGUCCCCUUACUACCCUGCCUACUACCCUCCAAAUGUGGACUGUAACUGGAAAAUCAGGGCUCCUUUGCCGGGAUACCUUCUCUCCGUGACCAUUGUGAUGCUAGACAUUCAGGAUUCACCGGCCUCAAGCACCUGCGAAAAAGAUUGGUUGGAAAUAGGCGGCGUAAAACUUUGUAACCCAGUUGGGGACAGCAGCAGGAAGAGGAUCUACUCUUCACCCGUCCUGCUGCAUUUUCACUCGGAUGAGUCUUUGACCCAUAAAGGUUUUUACCUGAUCUACAGGGCCUUCUCUCCUGAAAGCGCAUGUCCGAGGCAGUUCCGCUGUGGAGAUGGCAAGUGUAUUCCUCUGAGAAAAGUGUGUGAUGGAGAGAAAGACUGUUCUGAUGGACGAGAUGAGGCCAAAUGCAACACGUGUAAACCAGGAGAAGUGUAUUGUAUGGGUCAGUGCAGACCAAACAGCCAGUGUAACACUGCAUGUGAUGACAGCAGUGAAGAGAACAACUGUGGAGGUAAAUGCUUCCAUAUGUGCCCAAACAAAAUCUGCCUCCCCAAAGCCUCAGUGUGUGACGGGAUUGUGGACUGCAAAGACCGCAGUGAUGAACUCAACUGCACAAGAGCAUUUUCUAAAGGAUGCUCUCCUUCCUCUUUUAAAUGUGCCAGUGGAAAGUGCUUGAGUAAGAUCAAUCCGGAGUGUGACGGCAUUAAAGACUGCAAAGAUGGUUCAGAUGAGUUGCGCUGUAGUUGUGGCACGAGGCCAAGGAAGAGGGCAAAGAUUGUGGGUGGAACGGAUGCCCAGGCAGGCUCAUGGCCAUGGCAGGUCAGCCUUCAGAUGGAGCGUUAUGGUCAUGUGUGCGGGGCAUCUCUGGUGGCCAGCCGCUGGCUUGUCUCUGCAGCUCAUUGCUUUCAGGACUCGGAUGCAAUCAAGUAUUCUGAUGCGCGAUCAUGGAGGGCCUACAUGGGCAUGCGGGUUAUGAACUCAGUCAGCAACGCAGCGGCCACCAGACAAAUCCGUCGCAUCGUAUUGCAUUCACAAUACGACCAAUUCACCUCCGACUAUGACAUCGCUCUUCUAGAACUAAGCGCCCCUGUCUUUUUCAAUGAGUUGGUACAGCCCAUCUGCAUUCCUGCCUCCUCUCACGCCUUCACCUCGGGAACCAGCUGCUUUGUCACUGGAUGGGGGGUUCUGUCAGAAGAAGGUAUGACACGUUGUAGAAACUCAUUCAGAACAAACAAUUACUUCUUGUUGAGCUGAAGCAAGACAACGUUAGCAACACUGUCUUGAAACACAUGAUUCAUACGAUGACUAAAGGUGAGAAAAACGCAUUCUAAAGAAAUCAUCUUUGAUCACACCCACUGAAAAAUCCCCCAGGAUCCCCAUUGAAACGGCAAAGAUUUCCUUCACAUUUCCAUGGUUCACAGAAGCGGAGGUCAUCAUAGUUGGGUUUAAUGCCAUGGUUAUAUAACACAAAGAUAGUGUUAUAGAUGUACUUUAAAUAAAAGAAAAUGUAAUUUUUUUUUUUUAUAUAUCCAUACAAAUUUCAUUGGUACUUAUAUAUUUGCUAUAGAGAUCUUAUUUCAAAUGAUUUUAAAACUCAUGCCUGACUAGUAAGAAAUACGUUUAUUUUUAUAUUUGAAAUAUUUUUUAUGUCUGUAAACUUUAACGAGCAGAAGGGUUUCAGAAGUAAAUCAGAUUAAAGAAGCCUAAACACCAUUUAAUGUCAUAACAUGCAAUGUUUCCAUCUAAAAACUUUUGAUUUCAGGUGAAUUGGCCACAUUGCUGCAAGAGGCCACCGUUAACAUCAUCAAUCACAACACUUGUAAUAAAAUGUAUGACGAUGCGGUCACUCCCAGAAUGCUUUGCGCCGGAAACAUUCAGGGAGGAGUGGAUGCUU